AUGCCUCCUGCCAAAGAUACAUCCAUUCUCGACACAAAACCCAAAUCUUCCUCAACCUCAACCACAACCACAACAUCACAACAACAACAACAUCAUAGGACUAGAACAAUCUUAAUGGCUCAGGACAUCCUCAGAAUCCUACCCACCCUCCUCUCCGCAGCAUCCAUCGCAAUCACCGUCACCAACAACCAAACCGUUUUCAUCUUCUCUCUCCGAUUCGAAGCCCACUUCUACUACACACCCUCCUUAAAGUUUUUUGUUGCCGCCAAUUCUGUAGUUGCUGCCAUGUCCUUCCUCACACUCAUACUCAACUUUCUCAUGAAACGUCAAGCAUCACCCAAAUACCAUUUCUUUCUACUCUUGCAUGAUAUAGUUAUGACGUUGCUGUUAAUAGCUGGAUGUGCAGCAGCAACUGCCAUAGGAUACGUGGGACAGUUUGGAGAGGAGCAUGUGGGUUGGCAGCCAAUAUGUGACCAUGUGCACAAAUUCUGCAGAACAAACCUGGUUUCGCUUUUGCUUUCUUAUUUUGCCUUCAUCGCCUAUUUUUCAAUCACUAUUUUAUCAGCCUACAACUCUGUCUUUUCUUCUCCCAAGAAUUGA